CUGGCUAUGGUCGGAACGACGCCGCGGCCCCCUCCUCCUCCUCCUUGCCGCCGACGCGGCCCCCUCCUCUCCUUCCUCGCAGGCGCCGCCCCGCCCCGCUUGCAUCCCAGGGGACAGGGGAAGGGGAGAGAGGGCGUCCAAGCUGAGAUCGAGAAGAGAGUGCACCCAUGGCGUCGCCGUCUUGCGAGCCGCCGCCCGCUUGUAUGCUGCUGCCACCAACCGCCGGUGAAUCAACUGUUAUCGGCGCUCCGUUCUCACCUCUUCUUCCCUCUUGUUGUCAUCCUAUCCCCCAACCCCCUCCACAAGAACAAAGAGGAGUCAGUGCAAGUGGUUGCGGCGAUGGUGUGCGCCAAGUGUUGGAAAAAGCUAGGGAAGGACGGCUGGAACAAGGGCACCAGCACAAAUUACUACAAGGAAGGAUGAAAUAAUAUGCUGCUUGUUCAUCAGUUGAGCAAGUGCAAAGAGUUUGAGUACAGAAUUGUUGGCUACAAGGUGCAUCAAGGGGAUCUUUCCUUUGCAUUUCUGAUUGGGACAACAACCACCCUGUCAAUGAUGCCUCCUGUCUCUCACAUCCGCAAGCCUGAUGAGUAGAAGAAGUGCAAGCGUGGGGUUUCGAUUUUAUAAUGAAGUUUGAUAGUUUUUAUGUUUGAGUCAGUGUCCUAGAAUCUGGGUCAUUUUCUGUGUCCAUCAGUACUAUACUACUAUGGCACCUCUUUAUGACAGAAUUCAUAAUCUGUUUGUAUCUUAGCACUGCUUCGAUCAUGAAUGGUGUUUUCAGCUCUGUUUUUACAGUUAUCUUAACUAUCAGUCGAGUGUGUUGACAGUG